UGCUUGGGACAAAGGGACCAAAGAAUGGAAUCAGUAAAUCUGGACGAGAUGUGUAUGAGCACUCUAUGGUGACAGAGCAUUGCCCAGUCCAAAAACAUAGUACAGAUCCACUUUUACUCAGCACGACAAUCUUUGCUGAACUGCAAAGUUCUGGGUUUAUGCUCAACUUUGGUCACACCGAAAGGAUAACAAAGAAGAUAUCCAAGGGAUCUACACGGGUCCGGGACUUGGCCUCCUUAACUGCAAUUCCACAGAGUACCCAAUUGCAAUCAACCCCUCAGGAAACAGCACCAACAUCAGGUGAUAGGCAAGGAACUGAAAUUGUUCAGAGACCACAAGCUUGUCUCGAAACCCUUGUUGCAGAGAACUACGGAAAGAAAAAGAGGAAAGGAAAAGCAACUCCACCAGUCAAUUCAGUUUACUGCACCGUCAACCAAAUGCAUCUCCAAGAGAACAAGACUGCUACAUAUGAUCAACACCAGCACUCAGCCACAUCAAGAGGUAAGUCAGGAAUUCCACAGCCAUACAUGGUAGCCAUAGAUGAAAUUGUUCUGAAAUUGAAGCAUCUAGACAUCAAUGGAGAAACCAACAGAAUCCCAUGCCCAGAGCAAAACGCAUUGGUUCCUUACAAUGGCAACACCACAAUGGUUCCUUAUGAGGGAUUGUUUGAUCCUGCAAGAAAACGGAAGCCACGGCCCAAAGUAGACCUCGACCCAGAGACAAAUAGAGUUUGGAGGCUUCUGAUGGGAAAGGAAGCCAGCGAAGGGAUGGACCAAAUGGCCAACGACAAGGACAAGGAGAAAUGGUGGGAAGAAGAAAGGAGAGUAUUCCGCGGACGGGCAGACUCAUUCAUUGCCCGCAUGCAUCUUGUCCAAGGUGAUAGACGCUUCUCCCAAUGGAAAGGAUCAGUUGUGGACUCAGUAGUUGGGGUCUUUCUUACUCAGAAUGUAUCUGAUCAUCUUUCCAGCUCUGCCUUCAUGUCCCUUGCUGCAAGAUUUCCACUUCAGUCAAAGAGCAAUGAGAGAGCAUGCUGUAAAGAAGGAUUAAACACAUCACUUGAAGAGUCAGAUGUGUGCAUUCUAGAAAUGGUAGACACCAUCAACUGGCAUGAAACAAUGCCAAGUCAGCCUGUCUGUGAUCAAAGCUCUAUGACGUUCCAUGAAGCUGGACAUAUUGAAGAACGAGAAGUGGAUAAUAGCAAUGAAUCCUUUGGGAGCAAUAUGGGAGAUGGAAGCUCAACUGACAAUUCACGAGGCAAGCAGUCACCUGUUUGCAGGAGCAGUCUAGAGAUGUCCCAUGAUUUGCUGCGAAAAAGAACAGAUAGCAUGACCACAAACAUUGGAGGGGCAAAUUUUGCAGAAGAUGAUAGAAGAGCACUUGAAGAUGCACUUUCAUCUCAAAACUCUACAGAGGCAUCUACUUUCCAGAUCACUGAAAGGAAUGGAUCAUGCUCAGACUCCAACUCAGAAGCUGAAGAUCUACUAACACACAGUCCAUCUAAACCAUCAUCAGAUUGCUUUGAUGAUUGCACUUUUACGGAGCUACUACAGAUGGAAGGAAGCACAAGGUUCCAGGAGAUUUACAACUGUGGAAGUGGGACUUCUUUAUUUAACCUAGGCACCAAGGGCGAGCAGAACCAAUUAAAAGGUAUGGACUCGGACAAUCAUAGAUCAAGCAUGUUCGGGAUAGACUGCUUAAAAGAUAUAUCUGCACACAUCUACCCAUCCAGUUCAUACCCGUCCCAAACACAAGUUCCUAUCAUCAAGUCCAGUACAUACAGUUUGAAGGUGACCCAAGACUCGGGAAUACUGGAAGUCAAGUGCCCAGAUAUGCUAGGAGAAGAAAGCAAAUCUCCCCUGCCUUCACUUGCUUCCAAAAUCACCGAGACAACACAUGCCAAUUUCAGUAGAAAACAAAAUACAGUAGUGCCAGAGACUGUAGGUAAAACUACACGUCAGAAGGUACCAUCAAGUGCUCAAGCAGAACAACCAGCUGGUCUGUAUGGAUCUUUAAACAAGAACCAGACACAGACAUUGUAUAGCUUGCAACCAGAAACUUAUAGUGAGAGGAAUCCAAAAUCAUUCAGCCAUCAACAAAGAGAUAUGACAGAGGCAUUACAGUCCAAAAACACUAUGCUUGGUGAACCUAGAAACCUUGAUCAUACAUUAGUUGAAAGGCAAAAGAGUGGAAUGAACCAGGUAUCAAGUUUCACAGUAGUUUCAGAUGUUUUAGAUGUGGAAAGGGGAUGUUUAGCAGAUCAAGAAAAAUCCAUAGAGAAUAAGGUGAUUCAAUCAAACUUCAAAGAACAAGUUUACAACUCAGUUACUGGCACCUCAAAGAAUUUGAAAGCAAAAAAGAUAGAGGCAGGGAAAAAGAAGGAAGUUGAUUGGGAUGGUUUAAGAAAGCAAGCUUAUGCAAAUGUUGGGAAAAGAGAAAGAAGUAGCAAUACAAUGGACUCACUGGACUGGGAAGCAGUGAGAUGUGCAGAUGUUAAUGAGAUUGCUAAUGCCAUCAAAGAACGUGGAAUGAACAACAUGCUUGCCGAGAGAAUCAAGGAUUUUCUCAACCGACUGGUUAGAGAACAUGAAGGCCUUGAUCUUGAAUGGUUAAGGGAUGUUCCACCUGACCAAACAAAGGAGUUCCUGCUGAGCAUAAGGGGUUUGGGUCUGAAAAGUGUGGAGUGUGUACGGCUUCUGACACUUCAUCAUCUUGCUUUUCCAGUCGACACAAAUGUCGGACGCAUAGCUGUAAGGCUGGGAUGGGUGCCACUACAACCACUGCCUGAGUCACUUCAAUUGCAUCUUCUAGAAAUGUACCCAAUGCUGGAGUCAAUUCAGAAAUAUCUCUGGCCAAGGCUCUGCACACUAGAUCAACGGACACUGUAUGAAUUGCAUUAUCAGAUGAUUACAUUUGGAAAGGUUUUCUGUACAAAGAGCAAGCCAAAUUGCAAUGCAUGUCCAAUGAGAGGAGAGUGCAAACACUUUGCCAGUGCAUUUGCAAGUGCGAGGUUUGCCCUGCCGGCUCCAGAGGAGAAGAGUAUAGUAAGUUCAACUAUACCAGUUGCAGCUGAGCACAACCCAACUUUGGGUAUCAACAACCUAACAAUGGGCAUCAACCAAAUGCCACUGGCUCUACCUGAGGCUGAGGCAAACCCACUUACGGUGACAGCGCCAGAAAACAGGAAAGAAAACAAAAACUGUGAACCUAUUGUUGAAGUCCCUGCAACACCAGAGCCUGAAUGUACAGAGAUAACACCAAGUGAUAUGGAAGAUUUUUUCGAUGAGGAUCCUGAUGAAAUACCAACUAUCAAACUUAACAUUGAAGAGUUCACAAUGAACUUAGAAAAUUAUAUGCAAGAGUGUAGUAUGGAACUUCAAGAGGGAAGCAUGUCUAAGGCUUUAGUUGCUUUGACUCCAGAAACUGCUUCUCUCCCUGUGCCAAAACUGAAGAAUGUGAGCAGGUUACGCACCGAGCACCAAGUUUACGAGCUACCUGAUUCACACCAUCUUCUGAAAGGGAUGGACAAGCGAGAACCAGAUGAUCCAUGUUCAUACCUCCUCGCUAUAUGGACUCCAGGUGAAACUGCAGAAUCAAUUGAACCACCAAAAAGCAGUUGUGGUUCUCAAGAAGCAGGCAAACAAUGCAAUGAGAAGACAUGCUUUUCAUGCAACAGUAUACGAGAAGCAAAUUCCCAAACAGUCCGAGGGACUCUUUUGAUACCAUGCCGAACAGCAAUGAGGGGUAGCUUUCCACUCAAUGGCACAUAUUUUCAAGUCAAUGAGGUAUUUGCUGACCAUGAUUCUAGUGUUAACCCAAUUGAUGUUCCAAGGGCAUGGCUUUGGAAUCUACCAAGACGGACUGUUUACUUUGGUACCUCCAUACCAACAAUAUUUAAAGGUCUAACAACAGAAGGAAUUCAACACUGCUUCUGGAGAGGGUUUGUUUGUGUGAGGGGAUUCGACCAGAAAACCAGAGCGCCACGCCCACUAAUGGCCAGGCUGCACUUUCCAGCAAGCAAGUUGGCUAGGGCAAAAGACACAAUGAAAUGAAGAGUAGGUCAAAUGCAGAGUAUAAAGCCAAUACAAAAUCCUAACUAGGAUCUGUCCAUUUGAAGAGCAGAUCGCUGACCAACCUAUUGCUGUACAUCUAAUGGCACCUCCUUUAACAUGAGGGCAUAUACCAGCUGCGAUGAAUGCAAGUCAGUUGGAAAGAAAAGGUUGAAGGAUCAAAUUAAAUUUGUAAAAUCCCAUGAGAAUUGGGCUUGUAGUUUGUACAUGAUUAACAUUAUGAUGAUUAUUUCAUUUCAUGCUCGAAAUCGGGCCAUUCUUCUGAAAGCAACCAAUGUCAACAAAAAUAAAAAUCAAAUAUAUUUUUCAACUUGUUCCA